CCGUAGAGGGCGCGUUCUGAUUGGUGGGGACGCUCCCUCAGGCAGGAACCGUACGCACGUGCUAAGGCGGGACGCGCUGUGCCGGUAGGGCUGCGUCUGCGCCGCGCGCCCCGGGGCUCCUUCCGGAGGCUGCGGGUGGGUCUUCCACUUUCCGGCCGGUCUUCCCAGGCCGUAAGGGCUGCCUCUGCCUGGUUUUGUGUGGCUUUUGGCAUUGGUAGUUGUGAAGGGUUACUGCCAUUACUACAGCCCUCGAAGUUUCAGAUGCAAAUUGCUAAAUGCUGUCCCGGGUGCCAGUAUCAUCCAGAUUCUCCAGCCCAGAUCCGCUCUUUGGUGAAGUUGCUCCUGAGAUUAUCGAGGACACACUGAUCCACCUGGCCAUGGAGAAUGAGCAGCACCUCAGCAUGCUGCCCGGCCCUGUGGGCUGCUUCAGGGAGGCACGCGCUGUGGAAUUUAUAUUCCUUCUGUCUGAAAAAUGGCACCUGGACCAACCAGCAAGGUAUCAAGCAGUAGAGCUACUUGAAAGGUUUAUGAUCAAGCAAGUAGAACAAAUCUGUACGUCCCCCCGACAGAACGUCACAGGCGGUGAAGAAGGCAGAAGCCAGAACUCUCUGCAAGAACAGAUCUAUGACACAUUUGUCCUACGGCUGGUGUCGUGCAUUCAGCUUGCGAGCAAACUUUCCUUACACUAUAAUGCAGUUAACAGUGACACAGCUGUAAAAUUUCUGCAAUCCUUAAAAUACUCAUACACUAAACAAGAGUUGCUUGAGUCAGAGCUUGCUGUUUUGGAAACUCUGCAGUUCCAGAUCAAUGUGUCGACUCCACUGGCUUACAUUGAACUGCUUCUAGAGGUUUUAGGACAUAAUGGCUGCUUACUUCCUGCAAAACCGCUGCAUCAGAUGUGCAUACAACUACUAGACUUCUUCUAUCUUAAAAGAGAUACCAUCUAUGACACUUUACUGAGUAUUGCCAUUGAGAAUUUGACACCAAGUGAACUGCAGAUAGCAAAGUUCUUGAUAGUAAAGGAAGAUUUAAUGCUCUUGGCAGUUGGAAUCAUCAGCACAAGUGCUUUCGUGCUAAACCCUGAGCACUGGAAGAAGGUACAGUCAUUUCCAAACACAUUACCUCUACGUGUGGGGAAAAAAGUGAAGGUUAUUUAUAUGUUUAAGAACAGACAGAGCUUGGUAGACUACUGGGAGUGAAAGUGACAUCCUUUGGUUUAUUCGCAGGAAGUGUGCAUGGUUUUUUAAGUUAGGUCAGAGGGCACAAAGGCAGUUCAGCAGCAAGGCUUGUGCUGGUGUUACCAUCAGCUUAUCCUCCUGCCUCAGCUUUUGUACAGCUCGAACUCAGUGAGUCAGUUUCAUUGACAACCGGACAAUUUUCUGCCCAAGCUGCUACUGAAUAAUAAGCAGUGCAUUGCAGAAAGCAGCUUUUUCAUUUUAUUUCUUUAGUAGAGGCAAUUCAUUUAAAAAACAAACAAACAAGAACAAAAAAACCCACCCCUUGCUCUGACAUACAGAAAGGUUUUGACUUAAGUCAAAAACAUGACUUGGGUUUGUGGAGCAUUAUUAUUCUUCUUAGAUAUGGGUAGGGCUAAGAAGAAGCUCUGUAAAUUAAUGUAUUUUAGGUACUGUAAAUAAGUGGUUUUUUUUUUUUCUUUUUCUUUUUUUUUUUUUUUCCCCUAAGGUUGUGGAACAUUUAAACUGUAUUACUGGCAUUACUUCACAAAGUAUCUCGGAGUUUUCAUAUGCAGUACUGAAACACGUUAUUGGCAGCAUCACUCCAAAACAGCCCCACAGGAGGU